UGUCAGUUUUGUGAAAAGGCUUUUAUGAACUAUUCCUUUUUACAAAGUCACAUGCAGAGGCGUCAUCCGGAAGAAUCUCAGAUCGAACAGAAGAGGAAAGCAAAGACAGACAAAUUGCAGGAUGAGAUUGAUAAACUGAAGGAGCAGUUGCAGCUCACCAAGUCCCAGUUAGAGGCUGAACAACAGGCUAACAUGGCCAGGUUUUCUAAGGAAUGUGAACAGCAAAAAUCAAAAGAAGAAGAAAUUCUACAAUCAUUUCAUAAAUGGAAAGAGGAGGAAAAAGAUAAAUUGGCUGAUGAAAUAGAAAAAGUGAAAGAGAUGUUUAUGAAAGAGCUUAAGGAGUUAUCUUCAAGAAAUUCAAUGUUAGAAAAUCAACUGUUAGAAUUACAGAAGUCCAAUAUGCAACAAAAAUCCAAUUUAGGGACACUGAAAGACAGCCAAGAAUUUACAGAAGAGAAACCUCAGAGUCCUAAGGAUUAUCACAAUGUGGUUAAACUUCUUGAAAAACAGGAAAGUAAAUGGACAUCUAGAAUAAAAGCCCUUCAUCAUGACCAUGAGACAGAAAAGUCCCUGCUCCUGUCACAGAUUGAGAAGCUUAAAUCAUCAGUGAGAGAAGACUUGAAUAAAAAUAACACCUUUUACAAGAGGAGGAUAGAAGAAUUGGGGCAGAGGCUUCAGGAGCAGAAUGAUCUGAUUAUUACUCAGAAGAAGCAGAUAAAAGAAUUGUCCACAAGAUCAGUUGCAAGCGUCAAACCAUAUGAUAGUAAGUGCAAUCUGUCAGAAAAAGCAGAUUUUGUUUCUGAUAUCAGCAGCUUGGUUUAA